AUGUUGGCAGGAACGAGUUUUCCAUCUGUAGCCCUGGAGAGCACUUUGCGGACCAUGACCGGCAAAGUCACCGCCAGCAAGAAAGUCCGGGUCAUCAACCAGACUCCAUACGAAGGGCAUAUGGAGCGGACAUGUCUGAAAUUCCACAAGAAUCCCGACAUGCCCCGAAUCGCGACCUUGUCCGUGACUACGGAUGCAGCCGUGAACCAGUUCACGGAGCAGGCUGUUGCGAUUGAACUCAUGGAGGACGACAGUGCAUGCGGGGUAAUGAUGGAGUGGAAAAAGGAAUCCGCUCUGCUGGCUGAAGAGCCGAACUACAAGAAGUACGAGAAAGACCCUGUCAGCUUGCCGUCUGAAGUGAGAUUCGAGGAUUUCCAGUUCAAGAUUGUCACAGCAGAGAAGGAUUCCAAUGCCAAGGGCGUGCAGAAGUACAAGUUCGGCCUGAAGCCCGAGAUCCGGAAGCUCUACAUGCAGGACCCUCUGCAUUCGCAAGAAUGGGCUGAACUGAUUACCAGCUUUGAUGCAAUGUACGGCUGCAGCGGCAGUCCUGCCGCAGUGUCAGCGACAACGGCUUCUUCGGAAACCGCGGCUACAAAGCCGGGCUACCCCAACGAGCCCAAGACGGUGGAUGCAUUGAACAAGGAAUAUGACACCGAGUUCAAGUUGCCGGGUCGCCAUGCUGGGACCACUCUGUUCAUCACCAAGGCGUGCAACAAGCAGGGAGAGGAAAAGGUUGCACACAAUGAUGUGACAGUGCCGUCCAACGAGUUUAUCAUCGCUCACGGGCGGUCCGUGUUCAUCAAGCAUGAGAAGGCCUUGCAGGCUCAGCGCGAAGGCAGUGCAGGCCCCUGGCUGGGGCGAUCGGAUAUGGAUUGA